AUGUCAGACUUUGCAACCAAAGACGAGAUCAAGGCGAUCUUCACCAAGCUUCAGAAGCACCCGGCCAACAAGCAGUGUUUUGACUGCACCACAAAGAAUCCAACAUGGACGUCGAUUCCGUUCGGAAUCUUCAUUUGUCUGCAGUGUAGCGCAAAUCACAGAAGUUUGGGUGUGCACAUUUCGUUUGUGAAAUCCUCAGUGCUGGACACAAAAUGGACAGACGCGCAACUUAGAUCGAUGAAAUGUGGCGGUAAUAAUGCAUUCAAGGACUUUCUGAUCAAGAACGGCGGAUCAGCAUAUUUAAACAAGACUCCUCAGGAAAAGUACUCUUCUCAAAUCGCGCAGAACUACAAGGAUAAAUUGGAGAAGAAGGCAGCAUUGGACGCCAAAAACCAUCCGAACGUGUUGGAGUGGGAUGACGGGGUCAUUGAUCUAGAGUCCGAGGACAGCGGCGAUUCUGAUUCGAAUAAUUUCUUCAGCAAAUGGGAAAAACCGUCUGCCACUCCGUCGCCUUUAGGAUCCAGACCAAUUACGCCCUCCAACAAGCCAGCCGCUGCAGAAAAGCCUACUCUUUCUCUGGGCGGAUCAAAGCCGAGAGUUGUGCAGAAGACCAACUUGGGCGCCAAGAAAAGCAUUCUAGGUGGUUCUUCUGUCAACAGAAACAAGGCUAGACUGGGUGUCAAGAAAGUGGCUGCCGACAUCGAUUUUGACGAUUUCGAAAAGAAUGCACAGCAGGAGGAGGAAGAGGCUAAGACCCUCGGGUAUGAUCCGAAAGAGGCCGAGCCCGUUGCGUCGGUCGCUACUCCAAGACAAACGUCUGUCAGUUCCACCAUUGCUGCUCCUAAACCAUCGUCUCCAGCCACAGAAAAGGUGACCCAGUCGUUCGCCAAGCUCGGGUUCGGUAUGGUGAACGCUGCGCCAGCCCCAGAGAAAACACAAAAGGCCUACAAGGACGUGCAGUACACCGGAGAUGUCGCUGCCCGGUUUGGUAACCAGAAGGGUAUUUCUUCGGAUCAGUUCUACGGGAUCAACUCGUACGACGAGGCCAAAGCGCAAGAGGCCAGAACCAAGCUGCAGGCCUACAAUGGAGCUACGUCGAUCUCGUCCUCGCAAUAUUACGGAGAACCAGAAGGUGUGAGACACGAGAGAUCCAACUCUUUUGACGGCGAAGACAUCGAGCAGAAGCUGAUGGAGUUUGCCGAGAAGUACAUCGGUGACGAUCUCAACGUGCUCAAGGAUGCGCUCGAGACCGGUGCCGGCAAGCUGUCUGGCUAUCUCAGAGACGUGAUGAGAAAUUGA